AUGGCCGAAGAAAGACCUUGCAGGCCCAUGCUGCGCAAUAUACCCCAUUCAUACAAUCGGCUCAGAGACUUUAUCCCGCCGAGAAUGUAUUCGCAAGCUGGCCCAUCAUCAGAGGAAGGCUUGCUAGAGGGGGUUUCGGAAGCUACAACAAUGGAAAGGCCCUCAGUGACACAGGUAGCCCCAACUGCUCAGGGAAGCUCGCACCUCCAACCGCAUCAACAAGCUUCUACCUCACAGGUAGCCUCGACAACACAUGGAGCCUCAGUAGAGCAGGAACUACAAGCAGUGCAGCAACCCCGAGACCUCGUUGAAAUUCGCGAAACGUCCACCAAACGCGGUCGCGGCUUGUUCGCAACUCGGGACAUAGCAUCCGACACUAAUGUCAUUCGCGAUGAAUUACCGGUGCUCAAUGGAAAUUUCCUUUCGUUGAUGUCAGAGUAG